AUUGUCUCGUGUACGCAGGCUCGUACAUGCGUUGGGCCAUGUGUUUGCACGCAACUUUAAAAACAAGGUGAGAUAACAUUUAUUAUCGAAAAAGUGGCGAGUUAAUUGAAGUGACAAUGGCGAAAAAGAAAGUUAAAGCGUACGUGAAGAAAAAGCGUACGCCCGAAGUCAAAAUAAUCGAGGAGCUGCGAUCCAGAUACAAAGAUAUAGACGUCACGAAGACGAUCAAGUUCAGCGAUCUCCCAUUGUCGAAGAACACUUUGAAAGGAUUAAGAGAGAGCGAUUAUGUCGAGAUGACGGAUAUUCAGAGGCAGAGCAUCGGUUUGGCUUUGCAGGGCAACGAUAUUUUGGGAGCCGCGAAAACCGGAAGCGGCAAGACCCUGGCUUUCCUCGUACCGAUACUGGAAAUCUUGUACUGCAAACAGUGGACACGACUGGACGGUUUAGGCGCGCUUGUUAUCACACCGACGAGAGAACUGGCGUAUCAGAUAUAUGACACAUUGCGAAAAGUGGGUCGGCACCAUGACUUCUCGAUCAGUCUGAUCAUAGGAGGAAAGGAUUUAAAGUUUGAGAGAAAAUGCAUGGAUCAGUACAAUGUGGUUAUAUGCACACCGGGACGUUUGCUUCAGCAUAUGGAUGAAAAUCAAUUGUUCAAUUGCGUAAAUAUGCAGAUACUAGUAUUGGAUGAAGCAGACCGUUGCUUGGACAUGGGUUUCGAGAAGACGAUGAAUGCUAUUAUCGAGAAUUUGCCAGCUGAAAGAAAGACCUUACUUUUCUCAGCCACACAGACGAAAUCAGUGAAAGAUCUGGCGAGAUUGAGCCUUAAAGAUCCAUUGUAUAUAUCCGUGCACGAGCAUUCCGCACAUAUCACGCCGGAAAGUCUGCAACAGAACUACAUUGUAUGCGCCUUAGAAGACAAACUCGCAAUGCUGUGGUCGUUCAUACGGAAUCACCUGAAACAAAAGAUCAUUGUGUUCUUCUCCAGCUGUAAACAGGUGAAGUACGUGUACGAAGCGUUUUGCCGACUGCGGCCCGGUGUCAGUUUACUAGGUCUUUACAGCACACUUCAUCAACUGCGACGAAUGAGCAUCUACGAUUCGUUUCGCCAGAAGCAACACGCUGUCCUGUUCGCCACCGAUAUUGCGGCCCGUGGUUUAGACUUUCCUGCCGUUAAUUGGGUGGUUCAGAUGGAUUGCCCGGAAGACGUCAACGCGUACGUACACAGGGCGGGUAGAACAGCCAGAUUCAAAAGCGGUGGCGAGUCUCUCCUGGUUCUGCUACCGUCCGAGGAAGCCAUGGUCGAGAGGCUUCAGCAACGCAAAAUCCCCAUAAAUAUGAUCAAAAUCAACCCGAACAAACUGCAAUCGCCGCAACGUAAAUUGGAAGUUUUACUGGCGCAAGACGUAGCCUUGAAGGAAACCGCUCAAAGGGCCUUUGUAUCGUACAUAAAAUCAAUCUUCCUCAUGAAGGAUAAGAAGAUCUUCGACGUGCAUGCUUUAGAUAAAGACACGUUUGCCAAAUCGUUAGGUUUGGUCAUCACUCCGAGAACCCGAUUUUUACAGAGGGCAAUAAAGAAGAUAGGUGAUAGCAACGUCAAGAGCGAAAAGAAAACAGAUAAGAUGCCGGUCAACUCGUCGUCGGACGUCAGCGAGGAGGAAGAUAACGAAGACGUUUUUGACGCAAGUAUUUCCGACACCGAUAACGAGGAAAGGGAAUUAUCGGUCAGAGGGAACGAUACGGAUGUUUUUCGGUUCGAUGUUUCUAGCGACGAUGAUGAUCUCUUAACGGUAAAAAGGGAACAUGUUAUUAACGAUGAUAUGCCAGCGAUAGAGGAAAGUGAGAACGACAUUUCGAAGAAGAAGAAAAUCGUUACUAAAGCUGAGGUGAUUAAAAGGAUUCUCAAGAAGAAGGUCGCAGUUAACAAGAAGGUUGCAUUCGACAAUGAGGGACAGAAAUUAGUCGAUUCUGCCCGAACGAAAAUGUCGGAAUUAGCUCGACAAUACGAAAACGAGAUGGACUCUGGUAUUAACAUCGAGAUGUCCAAACAAGUGUUGCGCGAGGAGGAUCGAUUCGAUAAACAAAGGCACCGAGAGAGGGUCAAGGCAAUGCACAGGGAGGAGAAGCUGAAACUGAAAGCGAAAAAUAUGAAGACGGAGACGAUCGACAAGGAAGAAACGGAGGAAAGUGCGAGUGACAAUGACGUCAGUGAGUCCGAAUCUAACGAGGGUCUAGAUAUGUCAUGGUUACCUGACCCCGAUAAGAUAUAUGGCGAACAGCGGGAUACAGAUGAAGAAAAUAACGAUUCCGCUAGCGAACUCGAAAAAGACGAGGAGUCUGAGGAGGAAUCUGAGGAAUUCAAGGAGGAGAAUGAAUCCGAGGAAGAGAAUAUAGUUCAAAGGCCGUUAAAGAGGAAAUUAUUGACACAGAGGCAAGAUAGGGGAACGCAGAAGAGGCAGAAAGUUUUGGACAACACCGAUCUGCGGAUCGACGAGGAAGUAGCACUGCAGCUCUUGCGUAAUUGAGUAAACAGCCGGUCGAGUCUUUAGAAAUGUAAAUUUAUACUUUAUUUAAUAAAUUUACACUUUAUUCAAGAACGCGACGUAACCUUACGCAGUAUGUACACUUUACGACGUAACGAUCACUGUAUUAUAUAAUAUUGACAAUUUUACACUGUGUGUUUCUCGGAAUAUCGGCUUUAACCAGAUAGAAUUCUCUACUAAGGCGACGAAACACGAACGAACUGUCCUCCCCCUUAAUCAGCUCAAUAAAUUACAAUCAUAUUUUCCUUAUUCACGUGUCACUGAGUAUUACAUAUCAACAACAAUAAACGAGUACCUCGCGCGCGCGCGCGCGCACCUUUGCAAACCUGGCCUCUUCUCACCGACUAGGGAGAUCGCGCGUAUAUUUGGUAAAUUUGCCUAUAGGAACUACCGUAUAUCACCUAAAAUGUACAGUGUAUAUUUUACAAAAUCCCGAUCCCCGCGUUACGUGUAAGUCACAAGAGUUACACAUUACAGAACGCGAGCCUUACCCUGGGCUGCUCCGAGAUUCCGCGAAGAUUUUCUGCAAGAUAGUUUGCCGUUUCAGAGAGAGAGAACGGAAAGCGCGGGAGGGGGUGUCCCCGGCGCGUCUCCUCCAUCCCUUGUCCAUUCACAAACGUCGUUUCGUCGUAAUUAAAUCCUAUCUAGAUCUUUGUGUCAUCUCACUAAAAAAAAAAAAAAAAAA